GCUGUCGCUAUUUUGGCUUAGUUUUGUCUGGUCACUUUCAUCCAAGACCUUCACAACAACAUCGUCCUGAGUUCAAUUCAGAUGAUCAUGAAGUCAUCAGUGCCCGUCAUGGCCCUGAUCGCACUAGUGGUGUCCAGGGUGCAGGCAUUUAUUUCAGUUGGGGGUAGCGGAAACACCCAUGUGACCAUUACUGACCAUGCUGUAAUGGCGAAGAUCAAUGAGGUGUGUGAAGCAGUGGCUGAAUCAGAAGGAAGAGAUUUCAAACCCACGGGCCCUUCAGCAGAAGAGCUGCUGCGUGCGUGUCUGGGCAGAGCCACAGGUGAGGUAUCGGGGGCCAAGUUCCGCACAGCACUGAAUCAGAUCUACAAGCAGAAUGGCUUUGUGGACCAGGACUUCAUGAGCAGCGCACCACACCACUUCAAUAAUGAGGCCUUCAAUGAGGGACGCAACCUUAUCAUUCAGGGGACUGCGGCCAUUAAAGCGAACAUCCGCACCGACAACUUUCAGUCUGCCCGAGAAACACUGGGACGAGUGUGUCACACACUGCAGGAUUUUUACAGCCACAGUAACUGGGUUGAAUUAGGUAACGAAAGUCCAUAUGCCAACCUCAUCAAACCGGAUCUCAACAUUGAGAAGAUUGCAGACAUUGCAAUGCCAACAUGCAGUGACUGUGCCAGUGGUACCUGUCCAAACCAGCUGCUUCCUGCCAUUCUGAAUGGGAAGUACCUCACUUCAGGAUAUAUGGGCUUGUUCUCCCCUAAAAAACCUCAAGGAAAAUGUAGCCAUGGUGGGGAGACUGAUCUCAGCAGUAGCCAGAAUCCUCGCGGUGGGAUCAGUAAAGAUGAGAGCCAUUCCCAUAAUGCUAAUCUCCACAAGAAUGCUGUGAACCUGGCAGCUGAAGCCACAAUGGAGCUCCUAGAGGACAUCCGUGGAGCUAUAGGAAACAAUAACUACCUUCGGCUGAUGGGUAUUUCGCGAUCUGCAGUGCUGGCUUUUGUGAUCGACACCACAGGCAGUAUGGCAGACGACAUUGCAGAGGCCAAGAGAGUCGCCUUCAACAUUAUUGACAGUAAAAAAGGAACUCAAGAUGAACCAUCUGAAUACAUUCUGGUGCCGUUUAAUGAUCCAAAAUUUGGACCACUAAUAAGAACCACAGACCCAGAUGUGAUGAAAUCAGAGAUCUCCAAGAUCAGAGCUGAUGGAGGAGGAGAUAUCCCAGAAAUGUGCCUGUCAGCACUUCAGUUGGCUCUGACAGGAGCUCCUUCCUCCUCAUAUAUAUAUGUGUUCACGGAUGCUCCACCUAAGGAUACACACCUGGAGAAAACUAUAGCUGCCCUUAUUAGCAGCACCAAGACUACGGUAUCUUUCUUACUGACAGCAUCAAGCAGGGGGAGAAGGGCAUUGAGUGCAUCGUCACAGUUUCAGAUGUAUUAUGACAUGGCCUUGGCCUCUGGCGGUCAAGCCAUUGAGGUCUCCAAGUCCAGCAUCUCUCAAGCCACUGACAUCAUUGUCGACACCUCUACAUCAGCCCUGGUGACAAUUCUUCAGUGCUCUAGGGAUCCAGGACGUGUAGAGAAUUUCCCCUUCUUACUGGACGGGUCUGUGUCCAACACUACCAUCUACAUCACAGGAACUGGCCUCACGUUCAACCUGCGCAGCCCCACAGGAGUGACUCAAUCUAACACUGUUGUCAACGGACCUCUGGGAACAAUUCAGAGAGUGGGAAACCUGCAACGAAUCCAAGUAAACGGAACAGAGAUGGGCCUGUGGCACAUUGACAUGACGACAACACGGCCCUACUCCAUAAAAGUGAUGGGUCAGAGUGCGAUUACAUUCAUCUACGACUUUGUGGAGGAAUUCAAAGGACCCCAUCCUGGAUUUGCUGCCAUUGAUGGGCGGCCAUCAACAGGCUCACCGGCUAAGCUGCUCCUAACACUGACAGGAGAGAAAGGUCCGGAGGCUCUAGAGCUGCAGGAGGUUGUUCUCAUGGAGGUGUCUGGGGUCAAAGUGUCUAAUGGAACCAUUGAGAAAAUGGGUAAUGGAGAUUACCUGGUUACUGUGAACGAAGUGCCAGAAGGAGAGUUUGUAGUAAUGCUGAAAGGAAAAGACAAGACCUUCACCAGCCUGUUCCAGAGGCAGACCACCACACAGAUGUCUCAGUCUAAAGUCACCAUCAAGGCAAUAGCAGACAGCUCCAUGCUACCAGGACAAGUAUUUAAACUCAAUUUUACUGUUACAACCAAUGGAACCAGUGGUACCUACACAAUCCGUGCAAGGAAUGACAAAAACAUCCCUAUGACACAUCCAUCAACGCUCAAUCUCAUGAGUGGCGGCAGUGCUCAGGGGACAGUGUCUCUCACUCCACCUGGUAAUACGGUCUCAGGCACAGAUGUUACGCUAACCAUCGAGGCAGAAAGCCCUGGAGGAAGCGAUUCUAACUAUGCUGUCCUUCGCCUUUCUGUUCUCUCCAAGGUUACUGACUUCACACCUCCAAAAUGUGAAAUUGUCAAUGUACAGGGUAUUUGCUACUCCUCCUCUUGCAACUCAUCAAACUGGGAACUGUCUGUCAACAUCACAGACGGUAAUGGCACAGGCAUCGAGAGCAUUUCCAUCCAGCAAGGCAGUGGAAACUUCACCCAGAGGAAAGUGGAAGACGGUGUGAUCGUGGUGAUGGGUCUGUAUGAGGCCUCAUGUUGUUCACCUUCUGUGACUUUGUCUGCAGUUGACAAGGUAGGGAACGUGGGCAGGUGCAGUUACACCAUGAAGUCCAGCGCAGGCUCGCGCCUUAUCAGCAUGUCCCUCCCUCUGUGGGCAUCUCUGCUUUUAUACAGUUUCCUAUGUGACGCCUUCCCUCUGUAGUGAAAUGGAGUUCAUCCAGCCAAAUACACAGUCAUCCCAUUCUUUUAUGGCAAUAUAAAUCAUUCUUAGAUCUCUGAAAUUGCAUAGCAUUUCAUCCCAAACAUUCAUUUACUGGUAUUUCCAGCUAUGGAGGACUUCCAUUGAAGAGCUAUGCUGCUUAUACAGACCUUACAAACCUCAAAGAUAGAUUGUGAAGUCAUGUGACAGGCAGAAAUAUAACUCGGGAACCACCAAAGUUAUCUUUAUUAAAAUGAAUUUAAUUAAUUUCCAAAUUAUGAUUGUCAUUUUUGUCACAUACUAGUUUAGUGUAAUAUUUGUAUGAUCAGUACAAAUGAAUGUUGCAAAAAUAAAUGUUUUCUAAUCCACAAUAUUACAUUUUCCGCCCAAAUAUA